ACGCAGUCGGGGGGGCCGGAGCCUCGUUUUUCCCAUUCAACCUCGCCCACCGUUCAUUCGUCUUGCCAUCGUCGUUGUCACUAUCGUACGCGCAUCGCUAUGCGUCUCUGGCGCUUUGCCUUUGCUUCUGCUUUGAUCAGCUUCCCAAUGCAGCUGGUCAGUCCAGCACAGGUACCGCUGACUGACCCAUCCACCGCUUCGACUACCCUCGUUGACGCCCUGUCUGCCGACCCGGAUUACACAUCUUUGCUUUGUCUUUUGCAGAGGGCGCGUCUCAUACCCACUCUCAACCGUUUGAACGGAAGUACCCUCUUUGCACCUACAAAUGAUGCUAUAAAGCACUAUUCAAACACUCUCUGGAAUUCCGUCCUUGAUGACUCCAACUUAAUACUGACCGACAAUCUCCAGGAGAAGCUUAGGCAGCAGUUGUUCUACCAUCUCCUUAAUUACUCCAUCACUGCUCUCCCCGACGACUCUGAACCGAUUAAUGUGCUUAAGACCCUGCACUUUCCCCGUACGCCUGGUGAUCCCCCUUCCAAGGAACCACCACCAUACCCUCCAUGGAUGCCCGUCCCAGGAGGAAGCCUCGGUGGGGAACCGCAACGAUUACGCGUAGCCUCCCGCAAGGAAAGCGUAUGGGUUGGGGUGGAUGCAAACGGCAAAGACGGUGUUGAAGUCAUCAAGGGCAAAGUCGACACAGAUAACGGGGUCGUGCUUGGUGUGGAUAGAAUGCUAGAACCACCACCUGACUUGGCGACCGUUGUCUCCAAACUAUCCUUGGUUUCAUAUUUCCACAAUGUUCUCACUCCGGAGAUUACUCGUACUCUGAACUCCACAGAGGCAUUGACCUUGUUUUUACCUAUUAAUGGUGCGUGGGACGCCUUGGAUCCCCUGGAACGUUUAUAUCUCGAGAGUCCAUAUGCUACCGAUGAUCUCAAUCGCAUUUUGAACAUGCAUGCCGUAGCAGAGAAGGAAGUUAAGUGGUCGGAACAAUUUGAUCCAGCAGUAAAUUGCACGUUAACAACAAUCGAUGGUACAAAGCUCGAAAUUGUUGUAUCUCCUGAGAAGACCAUGAUCUCCUCAGCUGACUUGGUAGAACCAGACAUUUACGCGUCCAACGGUGUCCUUCACCUUGUUUCAUCCCUUAUAAUGCCGCCGGGCGCUCUUCAAUUAACCCCGGAGAAGUAUCUUUUGGCUUUGAACUGCACAAAUUUUGUGUCUCUUCUCCAUUCCGCCGAGCUGACUUCUCUAAUCAAUGAUACCGAAGCUAAAUAUACGAUCCUUGCCCCGAAAAACGAUGUCCUGUCUAUAUUUGGUCACAGCGAUCUUCCUGAACCUGGUUCCGAAGCCAUGAAGAAAUUAUUGCAGUACCAUUUCAUCCCAGGCCAUUGGACACCCAAGAAACUGUCUCCUGGGAUGUUGCUGGAGACAGCACUGAAGGAGAAAGGUCUUGACGGUGGCAGACAGGUUUUGGCGGUUGACGUUCAUCAGGACAAGUCCUCAGACUCAAAGAAAGUAUUCUUUGGAGGUGCCAGCGUUAUUGAUGAACCGAUCGAGGUCAACAACACCUUUAUUUACUUCAUCUCACGGCCACUAGAACCUCCCGCUGACGCGCUGCAAACCGCCUUGCCUUACCUGGAUCUGUCCUCAUUCUUGGCAGCCGUCUUUUCUACUUCUAUUGCAGAAACAUUGAAAACGACGCCCCGCACGUCUCUCCUCAUACCUCAUAAUUCUGCGUUCAAACGGUUGGGCUUAUUGGUCUCUGCGCAUCUCUUAGCGGCGUCAUCCAAGCGUGACUUAGAGAAUGUUCUUCUACAUCAUACUCUGGACACCGCGGAAUAUUCCGAGAGUCUGCGGAAUGGUUCUCAGCAUACCUUCUCAAGUGUCGAAGGGUCAGAUCUAACGCUGGAUCGCAUGACGAAUGGCACUUUGUAUCUGAGUGCAAGUGGUGGCUGGGUAGGAAUGCGGACCGAGUUGUACAUGAGGGACAUCCUAACGCAGACGGGAGUAAUUCAUGAAGUUUCCGACAUUCUGAUCCCUCGAUCAGUCCAACUGACCGUCGGGAAACUUGUCAAGGCAGCCAAAGGAAGCACAAUGACCAACAUGGUUACGAAGGCUGGGUUUGACUGGGUUCUGAACGGCACAGCGCCUCCUGAUGGGUCUCCGUGGGCGGAUCAGGGAUUGUCCGGUGUUGGAUGGACACUACUUUGUCCCACGGAUGACGCGUUCAAGGAAUACAAUUUGACAUCACUGUUUGAAGAUGUGCCGAGAUUACAGUUGAUUGUGGGACAACACCUCAUACCUACGCCAGUAGGACGCUCGAGAUCCCUCGUCGGUGCUGACAGCGAUGCACUGAACAACAAUCGACCACUCCCUCUUGAUGAUUCAGCAACAUAUAUGACUCUCCGCUCGCCAGAGUCUACUUAUGGAGAUGUCAUCUUCCGCCAGGAGGAUGACGGAUCGAAUUCAUACAUCGUAGGCAUUAAAGGUGCGCGAGGAACAGACGGCACAGCAGAUUGGGCCAGGGUGCAGGCAUGGGGAAGGACGACCACCGGAGGCGGAACUGGAGGCGUAAUCCAGAUUGACCGUGUUCUGAUGCCGUACCAGCCUCCCUGGUGGGUUGCAUACGGAGCCCCCAUCGUAGUAGGUGUUCUGGGCAUAUUUGCCAUUUCUAUAUUUUUCCUAGGGUUGAUAUGGGUUUGGAGAAGGGAUACCACGGAAGCUACAUAUGAACCUAGCAGUGAAGCACCGGCAGCGGAAGAGACCUUGAAGACAUCCUCGGCUACCUCAGAGUCUGUCAAGUCGUUCAUUGCUGGGGGAUUUGGAGGUGUCUCUGCCGUACUCGUUGGUCAUCCAUUCGAUUUGACAAAGACUAGACUGCAGACUGCACCAGCGGGAGCAUACAAAGGUGCUUUCGACGUCGUCAAAAAAACACUGGCAAAGGAUGGAUUCUCUGGUAUGUAUCGCGGAAUGGUGCCACCACUGUUAGGCGUUACGCCUAUCUUCGCUGUAUCGUUUUGGGCAUACGACAUGUCGAAGCUUCUGAUAUACGCAGUAACUCCUAAUAGAAAGAACCAAGAUUUGUCCAUCGGCGAACUUGCAAUUGCUGGUUUCCUAUCUGCAAUCCCGACAACGUUAGUCACCGCCCCGGUGGAACGCGCCAAAGUUCUACUCCAGGUGCAGGGCCAAGGAGGCGCUGAACAGAAAUACAAGGGCGUUUUGGAUGUGAUUAAGCACCUCUACAAGGAGGGUGGAGUACGGAGCAUAUUCCGCGGCUCAGUGGCUACUGUAGCAAGAGAUGGGCCAGGAAGUGCUGCGUACUUUGCUGCAUAUGAAGUUACCAAGAAGGCGUUGACACCGGCAGGUUCUUCGCCUGCUGACCUCAAUCUCGGUGCGGUCAUACUUGCAGGAGGAACGGCAGGAGUUGCUAUGUGGUCACUCGCCAUUCCUCCCGAUGUGAUAAAGUCGCGAAUUCAGUCUGCACCCAGUGGAACAUACUCAGGUUUCAUGGAUUGCGCAAGAAAGACCAUUGCUUAUGAUGGCGUUGCUGCUCUUUGGAAAGGAUUUGGUCCUGCAAUGGCAAGGGCCUUCCCUGCAAAUGCUGCUACAUUCGUCAGUUUUUUCUUCUUCGUUCUCUUCCUCGAUAACAAGGUCUCGAAGAACAUGAAAAAAUCAACCAAGUCAAAAGCCUCCCGUACACUCUCUGCAUCAGAAAUCGCACGGAACCUUGGGCACUUCGAGACGUGGUCCACACGUCAAAACAUGGAGCAGGUGUCUUAUUCUGACAUUCCUGAGAGCAUCAAGUCCGAUGUAGAUGAGGUGCUCAAUGUCUCCGGAAAGAUACCUGCUGAUUGGGUGAAGAAGAAAUACCGUUUGAUUUAUUCUAUUUGUCGUCCCGGAUUCCUAGAUUUUAUUUCAGAUGCUCAUAAAGAAUGCCCUUCCCUCUUCUGCGAGGAUGAUUCAUCCAUCGACACAUUGGCUUUAUACGAUGAUUUGGCUACUGUGUUCAAGGCUUCAAAGUAUCUUAGGAAAAUGUGUGCCUCCGAGGAGAGAUUUUCUGAAGCUGAUUUUGCUAAGACCUGUGAUAUAUUUCGAACCCCAGCUGUAUCGGAGAGUAGGCAAAGGGGUCAAUGCCCUAUAUCUCUUCCCCAGCCACUGUCGAGCGGAGACAUACCCUCCACCUCUCUCCGCAUUCUAAACACAAAAACGAUUAUUCCGGACAAUGUUAUUCUAAUCCCGACAGUAUCCAUACGCCAUUUGUCUAACACUGAAGCGUCCGCUUACAAGGCGCUCAAAUCCCACCGAACUGUGCUGAAGAGUGGCAGUGCCGACAAAGCCUCGUCCUUCAGGUUUCAAAGCACGCCCUGUGCCAAUCUGCCUGAAAUACCCGGUUUCGAAUUCGCAAGCGCUUUCUUCGAGGACAAGAAGCCUGUUCAUCAGAUGUUAGAGGAUGCUUACAGACAGAAUAGAAUGUCUACCACCUCCGCGGUGAGGCAUCUGCAUUCAUUGGGAAUUCAUGUUCCCGUUUUUGGUCUCGUAUGGGCUAAUGGAACUGUCCGAGCCCAUGUCGAUUGGUGCAAGACAAGCAGUAUCGGUGAAACAGACAAAACGGUUCUCUCGGCGCCUUUUCCAGGGCCUGAUGAUGAUGAUGAAAGAACGUUCCAUGAAUGGAGAUUGAAAAGGCCUAGCGAUAUACUGCAGGUCCAUUUUCUCAUACAGAAUAUUGACUUUUGGACUUGCAACGGGUUUCGUGAAAAAGUGGUGAAAGGCGUGAAGGCAUUGGAACAGUUUAUUGUCAAUGGAGGGGGCAUUUACGAGCCGUGGAAGCGUGUUGGAGUUUUAAAGCUGUCCAAGAGCGCCUCUCGAAAGGAGAACCGGGACGCAUCCUUCAGUAGUGUGUCGAUGCCGCCUGCUCCCUCAAAAAAUACUCGAACACGUAGAAAAUGA